GCCGAGAGUAGGCGUGUCGAGGAGCAACCAGGAGUCAGAACAUCUGUCGAUCCAUUCUUCGCUCUUUCCUCCUCCUCUCCAUCCUCCUGCUGCUCAGUCGCUGUCAUGUGCGGCAUCUUGGCCCUCCUGUUGUCAUCUCAGUUGGCUGCGGCUGCGCCUGAGAUCAACGAGGCUCUUUCCCUCCUCCAACACCGCGGCCAAGAUGCAGCGGGCAUCGUGACCUGUGGACCUGGUGGGCGAUUCUACCAAUGCAAGGCAAAUGGAAUGGUCCGAGAUGUCUUCGAUGCCAACAGUCUCGCCCGCCUGCGCGGCUCAAUGGGCGUGGGUCACGUCCGCUACCCUACCGCUGGCUCGUCCAACCACGCAGAGGCUCAGCCCUUCUACGUCAACUCGCCCUAUGGUAUCGUCUUCGCCCACAAUGGCAAUCUCAUCAACACAACGGAGCUGCGAGCCUUCCUCGACGCAGAAGCUCACCGUCACAUCAACACUGAUUCGGACUCGGAGCUCCUCCUCAACAUCUUUGCCAACAAUCUGCAGGCGACCGGCAAAUUCCGUAUCAACGAAGAGGACAUCUUCACGGCCAUCCAAGGCCUCAUGAAGCAGGCAAAGGGCGGCUACACCUGCGUGGCCAUGCUCGCCGGCUUUGGCAUCAUUGCCUUCCGUGAUCCCAAUGGCAUUCGUCCCCUCGGCUUGUGCUCGCGCAACUCGCCAGACGCAGGAUCAGCCACUGCUAGCUCGUCGGGCACCUCAAGCCCUGCCGUCGGACACGGCAAGGACUACUGCUUCACCUCCGAAUCCGUCGUUGGUGAUGCGCUGGGCUUCGACGAAUUCGAAGACGUCAAGCCUGGCGAGGCCAUCAUCAUCACUCGUCACCAGGUCUCUCGCCGCGUGCUGGUAGACCAAUCCGCCUACGAGUUCGCGCCAGACAUCUUCGAGUACGUCUACUUCGCUCGCCCAGACUCUGUCAUGGACGGUAUUUCUGUCUACCGCAGCCGCAUUGCCAUGGGCGACCGCCUCGCCGUGACGGUUCGUAAGACGCUGCGCGCCCGCAUGGAGACGAUCGAUGUCGUCAUCCCCGUACCGGACACCUCGCGCGUUGCUGCGCUCCAAGUAGCCCAGUCACUCGGCGUACCAUAUCGCGAAGGCUUUGUCAAGAACCGCUACGUAGGCCGUACAUUCAUCAUGCCCGGUCAGUCCGUACGAAGGAAGAACGUCCGUCGCAAGCUUAACGCUAUGGCUAUGGAGUUCAAAGGGCGCAACGUCCUCCUCGUUGACGACUCGAUCGUUCGCGGUACCACUUCGCGAGAGAUCAUCCAGAUGGCGCGCGAAGCUGGAGCAAAGAAGGUCGUUAUGGCCUCGUGUGCGCCGGCCAUUCGCUACUCCAACGUCUACGGAAUUGACAUGCCCUCCCGACACGAGCUGGUAGCGCAUGGCCGCACCGAAGAGGAGGUGGCUUCGCACAUUCACGCCGACUUAGUCAUUUACCAGACUCUCCCUGACUUGGUGGAGAGUGUGCAGGAGUGCAUGACUACGGUGCAGAUCAAGCGAUUCGACACGGCAGUCUUCGAUGGGGACUACGUGACCGGUGGAGUGGAUGAGGCCUACCUCUCCAGCUUGGAGUCGCUGCGAAGCGACAAUGCCAAGCUGAAGACGGCCGCUUCUAGGAUCUCACAACCCGCGGGAGCUGCUCCUACAAGUGGGUCGGGCGGCACAGCGCUCGUUGUGGGGCCGCCAGGGGAGGGGGCGGGAGAUGGGAAGAUGGCUGCACCUCCCGCGAUGCAGGCUAGCUAUGUUGCCACGUCAGGGAGGGAGAAUACCAAUGGCAAUGGGCUUAUUUUGCCUGGUGGAGGUGAGAGGGGAGGCAAAGAUGACGAGGAGGACGACGGAGCGCCUACUACAUGCCAAGGGCCGAUGAAUGGCGCUGACGACUUGGCCCUUCACAAUGGGUGGAGUCGAUGAGAGCGGGCGUCGGAGAGCACAGAAGAAAUUUCGUCGUAUCGCGUCCGUAGAUUCCUUGUUCUGGUCAUUGGCAAUAUGAGCAACAUCACGAUGUCUGGCUAUUGCGAUGACCUCGCGAGUACGCCUCACGAUGGCCACGGCCUUUGGUCGUCUUGGGCUCUCGAAGACCUGCCGGCGGCUGGGCUGCAACUUUUUUUGACGUCGAUUGGACGGACGGAGAAAGACGAG